AUGGAUGAUGCGGAAAGCGGAUCGCUAAACCACUUAGUUGACCUCUUGGAGCGUUGCUUGACGCUCAACCCCGACAAGCGGCUUAAACCUUCUGACGCUCUCCGCCACCCAUUUUUCACCGAGAGUGCCAACCACAAGUCACUGACCCGCUAG